CUGUCUUCUUCUCUAGCUGCAAGUUUUAGGAGAGCUUCUAGGGGUAUAUCUAUCUCUUCAAAGCGCCACAGUCACCAACUUCCUGGCAUGGUACAACUUUGAGUCCUGGUCCUAGCCCUUUUGUCCAAAGAUGCCGCGAUCGCGGCCCCCAGUCGCCUCCGCUGCGGCCGGUCCCAAUGCCAAUGCGACAGGUCCAGCACCGGUAGUUGGGUACUGGCGGCAUGGCAACCCCGCAGGUCGUGCGGGACACACUGCGGCGCUCUACAAUGAUUCCAUCAUCUGCUUUGGGGGUCACCUUGGGGAGAACCUGUGCUCGAGCGAGGUGCUGAGCUACAGUCUGAAGGGUGGGGAGUGGAAGCUGUUAAUGGGACUGGAGCCAGGGCCGUGCGAGAGGGACGGUCACACUGCAGUCAUCUGGGAGCAUGGCAUGUAUGUGUUUGGUGGCGAGACCACGGGCACGAACGAGGAGUAUCUGAACGAUCUCUGGCACUUGGACCUGCGCACCUGCCGCUGGGCCCCUGUCACUUCCCUGGAUGAGUCCCCCGCGCCGUGCCCCCGUCGGGGCCAUGCUGCAGUUGUGGCCAAAAACUCAAUGUACAUAAUUGCAGGGCACACGACCACCGGCGAGAGGCGCAAUGACGUUUACAGGUUCAACUUCGAGACCAUGACUUGGUCGGAAGUUUCGUCGAGUGAAAAGAUGGCCCCCAACAAGCCCCAGCCGCGGUCCGGCCACUCGUGCGUAGCAGUCAACAACAAGGAGCUGAUCGUGUUUGGGGGAUGCCACCAGAGCCCCUAUCGCCUGAACGACACCUGGCGCUUUGACAUCAACCGCAACGUGUGGACCCCUGUGCUGGGGCAGGGGGAUGUGCCCCCCGCCAGGAGCGAGCACACGGCAGUAGUUAUUGACAAGUCGAUGGUAAUAUUCGGGGGUUGGAUAUCGGACGACCACGUGCCAACGGCUCUGACGGCGGCACUUAACAUAGAAACGGGGGCCUGGCAAACGGUGCACUGCAAGGAGGAGUUCCACCCCCCCGAUGUUGCGGACCAUGCGGGAGUCGCCUGGAACAGAGGGCUCCACGUGUUCGGGGGAUACCGCAAUGUGGAGCAGCCAAUCGAAUUUUUGACCGUGUUUGAGCUGGCGCUGGGCGCGCGCGGGUCCGAGGACAGCUGCAGCAUGCCCCAGAAGAUGCAGACGGACAUGCUGCGCUCUGUCGGCGCGGACCAGUACGCGGACGUCCGGCUCGUCGUGGCGGACGGCACCCAGAUCCCCGCGCAUCGCAUCGUCCUGGCUGCGCGCAGCGAGUACUUCCGCGCGCUGUUCGACGGCGACAUGGCCGACAGCAAGGCGCCCUCCGUGUCGCUCGCCAACCUCUCGCACGAGGUCGCCAUGGUGGUGCUCCGCUUCAUGUACGGCGGAGUGGUCGAAGUGUCACCCGACCUGCUACUCGAGGUGCUGGCUGCGGCCAACAUGCUGCUGCUGGACGAGCUGAAGGCGGAGUGCGAGGUGCGGCUGACCAAGAGCGUCACGGUCGACAACUGCUGCGCGCUCCUUCAGAGCGCCGACACGCACGAGGCGCGCGCGCUGCGCAGCCACUGCCUCAGUUUCGCGGUGCAAGAGUACGAGGCGGUGGUUCAGGGCCAGGGGUACGCCGACCUAUUGGAAGCUGCCCCCCCGCUAAUGCUGGAAUUGCAGCGUGCACUCGUGCCGCGGUUGCGCACGAUGUCAGCAAUCACGUCGCUCCAGCGGGGACGCAAGCGGCGGCAUACGGAGGCUGAGUCGUGAGCGUGGGGAGAUAGUUGUCCCUAUUUCGGGUAAGGUGGGUGAAUGUGUUCUGCUGUGGAAAGUUCCAGGUGAUUGCAUGCCGAAUCUGGCGUGUGUUAUCAGGUAUGGUCGCCGGGUUUUGCAUUGGGGUAGGUACGUAGCACUAGGACUGGAAUGAGUCUUGAAAAAGGUGAGGUAUAAGUUGGGUUGGUCGUUCUCAAAGGUAUGCAAGCUUUACGGGCGUAUCAUUGAGUCUAUGUUCAGUCCUUAAGUCGGAGUGGUGCCAAGGAUCCAUCCUUAGCUAAGGCAUAGGGUCCGCAGCCGAAGAGAUCAUGACAUAGGUACUCUUACAAGCGACAUAUGGUAGUUUAGCCCGACCCGGUCUUUGUGGGUUGCUCUUGAACCCACGUUCAUACAAGAUCUGCUUGUCUUACCAAGCUAGGCCGUUCGGACAUUCACUUGUUAAGUACACUGGCACAAAUCUGCUAUUUGCAAUCAGUCAAUGCGUCGUAGGUGACCAAGG